AUGCCUGGCAAGAUAGUCUCACCAAAGUGGAAGUCUUUCAAGGGUCUGCGACUGCUGUGGAGAGAUAAGAUCCGUCUGAACAAUGUGAUCUGGAGAGCUUGGUUCAUUCAAUAUGUGGAGAAGAAGAAAAAACCAGUGUGUGGGUUUGUCACCCCGCUGGAGGGCUCUGAGGCCGACAUGCAUCGAAAGCCUGAAGCGAUUGUAUUAGAGGGCAGCUACUGGAAGCAAAGGAUAGAAGUGGUGAUCAAGGAGUACCACAAAUGGAGGAUUUACUAUAAAAAGAGGUCACUGUAA